UAAGGAGAAGCCACCUUCUCCUGCAGAGCCCCUUAACCCUCAGGACAGCCGCUGGAGCAUGAAUCCCUCCUGAUUCCGCCAUCGGCCCGAUGUUCCUCACGGUCCAGCUGCUCCUGGGCCAGAGAUGUAACCUGAAGGUGUUGGGGCGAGAGAGUGUGGCCAUGCUGAAGAAGCUGGUGUCCGAGCAGCUGCGGGUGCCCGAGGAGCAGCGGCACCUGCUCUUCCACGGCCAGCUUCUGGCGGAUGACAAGCAUCUCUCCGACUACUGCAUUGGGCCCAAUGUCUCCACCAAUGUCAUGGUGCGGCCCCUGGAGAAGACGGUGCCCGAGGAGGCCCACCAGCCCCAGCCCCUGUGGCACCAUCUGGGCCAGGUCCUAACCAAACACUUUGGGCCCCAGGACACCGAGGCAGUGCUGCAGCUGCUGAGGCGGGAGCACAAGGAACGCCUGCAGAGGAUAAGCCUGGGGGAGCUGGAGCAGCUGGCGCGCCACCUCCUGAGCAAGGAGCCGCUCACGGAGCCCACGGGGGAGAGGGAGCCUGAGGCUCAGAGACCCGGAGACAAGGAGGAAGAGGAGGAGGCCAAGCAGUAAACCGGCCAUCCUACUCGUUUGCACGCUCAAAUUCGCCCAGCCUCAUCUUUAAGUGCUCCCUGGUGACUCCCCACUAGUUCCUUCUGAUGUACGUUCAUCUUCACCCCUUUCUGAAAUUUCAAAGUAACUGGAGGGAUUUUGGACCCCUCUCUCCUCUCUUGGGCCUGUGGUUUCCCCUCUGAAACACAGAAUGAUCCCCUCCCCAUCACCAUCCCCUAGAAGGGGCUCUGAUCGCUCCAUGGGCAGCCUGAAAGGGGGCGCUCAAAGGCUGCUUCCCCCUUGUAGGCUGGGCACUGCCUCCUGGGCAGCUGUAUGCCCAGCAGCAAGCCAGGCUGUCAGCACACCUCCGUGGCUCUAAACAGACCCUCUUUCUCCUUGGGGACAGAAAGACAGAUAAUGUGAGUUCC